AUGGGCGUGGGUACUCCGAACGCGCGCUCGCCGUCGUCGCCCGGGACCCCCGGGACGCCCCGCACCCCUUCCGAGGACGGAGAGGGCCCGAGAUUGAGGCAGCGAUUCGCAAUGGGCGCGGCGCUCGGCCUGGGAGGCGCUAAACACGCGCAGCUGUGCAGGGACCACUGGCUUCCGGACAAGGACGCGAGCGCCUGCAUGGACGACUCCUGCGGCGUCCCCUUCACCUUACUGAACCGCAGGCAUCACUGCCGAUGCUGCGGCGACAUAUUCUGCAACCGAUGCGUCAGCGUCAGGCUCAUGCUCGACGCGCGCACCGCCGUGCCCACCGCCAGGGUCGAGCACGGCGUCGAGGGGAGGGUCUGCUUCCAGUGCUACGAGCGAGCCAUCCGGGGCCAGGCGUCCAUCGUGGCGGAAAUGCGAAACCUCGACCUGGUACCCACGCACACCGUCGCCACGUCCCCCAUGACGUCGCGAACGACGACGACGACGACGACGCCCGCGUCGCGGCGAACGAGCCCGCGUGCGACGCACCACUCGUCGACGCCGAGCACCCCGACCGAUUCUUCGAGCCCGGUUGCAGCCGAGGACGAGACGGCUGCGCUCCUCGCCGCCACGCCCACGACCCCGGAGCAGAUGCGAACGGUGGGCGCGGACGAGUUACGCGGGCUCGUCACGAGGUACAACCGCGCGCUCAGGGACCAGCAAAGGCUCACCGAGGAGGCCAAGGAGGCGGCGGAGGAGGCAGAGCGGGGGCGACGAACCGUCGAGGGCGAGCUGGCUUUGGCAAGGGCGCAGGUGAAACGCAUGGGCGCGCUGUGGGAGGAGCUGACGAACGCCAGGCGCGAGCUCGAACGGACACGAACGACGAGCGUUGGCCAGGGCGGCUCGCGAUGCGGUUUGCUCGCCGCCGCCGAGUGCUUAGGCGACGAGGACGCCGAGUGGUCUACCCGACUGGUCUGGCACGACACGACGGAUGAGACGACGGGUGAGACGAGCUCCACGUUCGAGGGACAUUCGAGCGACGCCGUGGGUAAUCUCGGGGGUAAUCUCGGGGUUCGUGACGACGACGGGGACGAAAGCUCCUGGCGCGGCGGGCUCGUGGUGGCGGACCCGGCGGUUGGCACGGUGACGCGCGUGGGGCACGAUCGGAUCUCGAGCGCGACGUCCGCGUUUGACGACGCCACCGGUCACUCCGUCUUUCGCGUGACGUACCGGGACAUAAGCGGGUGGGAGCGGGGGUUGACGUGCAGGGUGGACGGCGUGGUGGCUGCGAACAGGUGGGCGAGGGAGUUGGGGCAGAGGGUGCUCGAGAGAGAGGCGAGGGGUCCGGCGCACUCCGCGUCGCUCUGA